AUGUUGCAUCUUCCUGUCAUCUCUCACACCCCCGGGGGCCUCAGACUGCCCGCCUGUCUGCCCAGCCUCCUUCUCAGCCGGAGAGGGCUGCUGCAGAGCCCGGUGAGGAGCCCACAUGGCCAGCUCAUGCCUUCCAGGCCACGGCUCAGACCUUAUGUCCUGCAGAAGACACUCCUGGGCAUGACCCCACGGGAUCUCAGCGAGGACGUCUCAAACAUGAAGCACCAGUCACCGGGCACGCACGGAGACUCUAUGGACAGUGAGAAACUCAUAACCAAGGAUCCACUAAGCAGAGAUGAGAUGGAAAACCCACCAGAAAGAGGAUCCUGCCUACCCCUCCCGCCUCUCACCAGCUCCUCCCCAGAUGUCAGGCUGGACAGAAAGAGCCCCAGUCCCUCGACCUGCUGGCCCUGGCUUCCCCCGACCAUCAUCUCCAAGCAACUCCCCGUCUACAUCUGCCCAGUCUUUCCCGAGUACCCAGUUUUCCUGCCUCCCCCUUACCUAUUCACAUAUGGGGCCCUACCUUCAGCCCAAUGUCCAUACCUCUUCAUGGUGCCCCCAGACACCUCAUACCCCAUAGUGGCUGCAUCCAGCUUGCCUAUGACAGCCGAUGGAGCUGGGCCCCAUAUCACCCAGGAGAAGCCCCUGCUGCUCUACUCGGGGGGUUUCCAGAGUGCUGGACACACCCUAUACCCCCAGGUCAGGAGCCGGAGCUCUAGAGAUGCUUCAGCCUUCUCUCCAGGACGGGCUGGCGUGGCAGCUCCUGCAAAGCAGCCAGGCUCUCAGGCCGGUGUCGUAACCCUGCCCUACCCGCUGAAGAAAAAGAAUGGGAAAAUCCUAUAUGAGUGCAAUGUGUGUGGCAAGAACUUUGGGCAGCUCUCCAACCUCAAGGUCCACCUGCGUGUGCACAGUGGAGAGCGUCCAUUUCAGUGUGCCCUGUGUCAGAAGAGCUUCACCCAGCUGGCCCACCUACAGAAGCACCACCUGGUGCACACCGGGGAGCGGCCCCACCAGUGCCGGAUAUGCCACAAACGCUUCAGCAGCUCCAGCAACCUGAAGACCCACCUCCGCCUGCACUCAGGUGCCCAACCCCUUCAGUGCAACGUCUGUUCCAGCAGCUUCGCCCCGCGUGUCCAUCUGAAGCUGCACCAUAGGCUGCAGGCUCCUUCGCCCUGUAGCCUGGCCCACCCCCACCUGCCCCUCACCUCUCUCACCUGCCUUGCCCAGUGGCAUCAAGGAGCACUAGCUCUCGUGGAGGACUCAUCGGAGAAGACGGGCUGGGAUGUGUACAAGCUCAAGGUGUCUUCAGUGUCCUCGGGAAAGCAAGGGCAGCCAGCCUGAGCAGUGGGGCUAGGGUUGCUCUGGGAACGGAGUGUUGGCAAUUAAAAGAUUCUCCCAGCCAGGCGAUGGUGGCGCACGCCUUUAAUCCCAGCACUUGGGAGGCAGAGGCAGGUGGAUCUCUGUGAGUUCGAGACCAGCCUGGUCUACAGAGCUAGUUCCAGGACAGGCUCCAAAGCCACAGAGAAACCCUGUCUCGAAAAACCAAAAAAAAAAAAAAAAAAAAAAAGAUUCUCCCAGUGCUGAGUGAAGACCUCCUGAGUGUCUCUAAUGGAGGAAAAUGUCCCCUGUGCACCUGCCAGAUCCCGUCCGCUCACCUGGGAGCAGGGCAGGGCACGCAGACCGUGUGGGGUAGGAACAUGCAACCAACCGCCUCAGGCUGGGUUUGGGUUCCACUCCUUGUUUGUGAUCUAUCUGGGGCUGAGCCCUCCAUCUCAUCUCUCCAGAGGACAGUGCGGCCUUUCAGGACGGGAGGAAGGCAGAGUGUCCUCGGUGGGAGGAGGGGCACCGCAGGCAGGAGGACUAGAGCCAUUCCAUUAUGAUCAGCCGCGUUAGUUGCCUGGGCUGAUGGACGAAGAGCACCUGGAAGUAACGGGAGAAUGAAGCAAGAACUGAUUUGUGUGCAGUCCAAGCACAGGACACGUUGCCCUCCUUUCUGAAUGCCUUAACCCAACACCUUUCCGAUUGUCCAUGUGCUCCGGACACCUUCUAAUUCAGUUCCUACACAGCCAACGCAGAGAGGUCAGCUGGUGUUACUAAUCCUGCCAUCUCCACGGGAUGGGGGUGAGAAAGAGACGCAGAUAGAUUUUCCUGUCCUCUCAUGAUCCAAAAUCAUGAGGUCCCUGAUAUACCAGGACCAGAGAGCAAAGGGGUAUUCAGCCAAUUAGGACUACAGACAGGGAAGAACCGGCAAAAGAGUGGGGGUAACAGCCCCACCGGUGGCUAAUCUCCACGGGAUCCCCUCAGAUGUGCAAAGUGUUCCCUUCCUCCACGUAUGAGCCAGGCGUCAUAAGGUGGGAAAUCGAACUGCCCGGGAGGAUCAGGGUAGAGCCACAAUAAAGGAAGGCUACAAAGAAAGACUCAUAUUUAGCCACUGUGAGGUUCUUUUGACCGACCUGCGGCAGAGGGCGCCAGUCGCGCCUCCGUUGGUUUCCUGUAGCUUCCUCAUCUCCAAAAGGAGUGACAGUCCCACUCCACGUGGUGGGUGGCACCGAGACAGAGAGAACCCUCCUAGGUAGCCCCUAAGGCGAUGGCAGGUG